AUGAUGAAGACCAGGGUCAGAGACCAGGUUAUAGACAUGCAGAGACUGGAGGUGAGAUUAAGACUGAUGAUGAACAAUGAAGACCAGGGUCAGAGACAAGGUUAUAGACAUGCAGAGACUGGAGGUGAGAUUAAGACUGAUGAUGACAAUGAUAAGACCAAGGUGGGACAUCGACAUCAAAGCUGCGCACGCUGUAAGGGGUCUUGUAAGGGCUACGCUGAGUUCUCCGUUGAUCAAACAUCCUACGUGGCUCUGGACAAACAGAUGGACCAGCUGGAAUCCCAGAGCGUUCAGUCUGUGGAGACCGUCCGCACGCUGUACGUCAUGAAGAGCCGACCGCUUAAAGACGUCGUGGUCGACAGUAAGUACAAGUCCGGCCCGGCUGAGGAGCAGAAGGAGGUUUUCUUCCCGGAGGUGAAGACCGUGAAGCUAACCUUGGAGACCCAGGAGUCCGACGCUUCGUCUGCCGCCAAGGUCCCGGGUACGCACUUCAAGCCUUCGACUUCAGGCUCUUCAUCGUCAUCGGGUUUGUCAACGGGGUCGGGGACGAAGGACGGGCCGAGGAAAACGAUCACGGAGCUGGGUGGUGGUGGGGGGACAAGGGGGGAUGGAGUUGGGGAUUUCUUUAAAGGCAUGGGUGGAUUCGGCGGUGGUCUGGGAAGUCUCGGAGGCGGAGAUUUCGCCACUACUGGUCACCUGACCACUCAGACGUCGAGCUGUACCAAGACGACGAAAAGGACGAUAGUACAUACGAAGGACGGGCCAGUGGAGCGCAUCGAGGAAGUAUCAGGCGGACUCGGCUGUGAGGCGCUGAAGCACGGUGGCGGWGGAGGAGGAGGGAUGGGCGACUUCUUCCCAUCCCUCACCUCCUCCUCUUCCUCAUCCUCCUCWUCCUCCUCCUCGUUGACCAAAACCACGAGCCACGGCGGCACCAAGGGAGGCAGUAGCAUCCUCACCAGCACCAAGACCGGCGGCACCGGCGGCGGUUUCGGAGGAGAUCCGUUCGGAAUGGAUCUCGGAGCGUUCAUGCGUGGGAACGAGGAAGACGACGUCCCAGAUUUCCACGCCCGCAGCGUGAAGACUAGCGUCCGGAGCGAGCGGCAGGCGGAUUAUGUGGGAAAAGAUUGCUCCGACAUCCAACGGAACCAUCUCACAGGGGAAAAGAGCGGCCUGUACAAAAUUAACCCCUCUACCUCCCUCUCCACCCCCUCUCUGAACGGGGUAGUGGAGGUUUACUGCGACCAGGAAGGGUUUCUAGGAGGGUGGACCCUGGUCCAACAGAGAGCGCAUGGGGGGGUUAGCUUCAACCGUUCCUGGGCAGACUACCAGGAGGGGUUCGGAGGAGUGGACGGCCAGGGUAAAGGGGAGGUAUGGCUAGGGUUAAAACACCUCCAUCUUCUAACCCGGGAGGAUAGUAUGUUGAGGGUAGAGCUAGAAGACUGGGAGGGAGGGGAGGCGAUAGCCGAGUACACAGUGAAAGUUGGGUGCGAAGCUGAGGGGUAUCAGUUAACCGUGGCGGAGUACGCAGGCGACGCAGGAGACGCUUUAGUCAAGGGGGAGUCUAGUUUAGGGAGUCAGGGGUCGCCCGGGUUGGGGUCGUUCCUCUCCCACGAGGGGAUGAAGUUUAGUACCUUCGAUAAGGAUAAUGACCAAUGGGAGGAGAGCUGUGCAGAGAUGUACGGCGGCGGCUGGUGGUAUAACAACUGCCAGAGAGCUAACUUAAACGGUGUUUACUACAAAGGGGGGAAGUACGAUCCCGGUAGUAACGUUCCGUACGAGAUAGAAAACGGAGUGGUGUGGCUGACGUACAAACCAGCUGACUAUAGUCUGAAGACCACCCGCAUGAAGAUACGGCCGCUCGCUAUGGCCUGAGAGAGAGAGGGAAGGAGAGAGGGAAGGAGAGAGAGAGGGAAGGAGAGAGAGAGCUAAUGCUGACUGUUGAUUCUGUGAGUAGAUGAUUAAAUGUGACUUUGUUUUCUGACCCCGUGAUGAUGUCAAUGUAUUGAAUGUUCAUGUAAAAACAAAACCCAGCAACCUCUGAACCAACUAGUUACUGCUAACGUUCAAAUAACUGGUCUCGAGAUCAGUAACCUCUGAACCAACCAGCUACUGCUAACGUUCAAAUAACUGGUCUGAGAUCAGUAACCUGUGAACUAACAAGCUAUUGCUAAUGUUCAAAUAACUGGUCUGAGAUCAGUAACCUCUGAACCAACUGCUAACGUUCAAAUAACUGGUCUGAGAUCAGUAACCUCUGAACCAACUAGCUACUGCUAACGUUCAAAUAACUGGUCUGAGAUCAGUAACCUCUGAACCAACU